AUGGAGAGGAUGUUAAUGAAAGGAAUUUAUAGACUGAACACUCCUUCUACUAAAAUUCACUCACUACCAUUCCUCCAAUUUCGAGCCUCUCUCUCCGUCGCGGGCGAUUCAACCAUGUCGACCAACUCAGUCCGAGUCGCCACGGGCGAUUCAACCAUGUCCACGAACUCAGUCCGAGUCGCCGCGGUUCAAAUGACUUCCAUCACGGACCUCGCUGCCAAUUUCACCACCUGUUCCCGUCUUGUCGAAGAAGCUGCAUCAGCUGGAGCGAAAUUGCUUUGUUUUCCUGAAGCGUUUUCCUUUGUUGGUACUAAUGAUGGUGAUAGUGUUAGAAUUGCUCAACCUUUGGAUGGUCCAAUUAUGGAUCAAUACUGCUCUUUAGCCAGAGAGUCGAGCAUUUGGUUGUCGCUGGGAGGGUUUCAAGAAAAAGGAUCUGAUUCACAACACUUGUUUAAUACACAUGUUAUUGUAGAUGAUACUGGCAAGAUUCGAAGUACUUACAGAAAAAUACACUUGUUUGAUGUAGAUGUUCCUGGUGGAAGGGUGUAUAAAGAAAGUAGUUUUACAGAAUCUGGCAAGCAUGUUGUUGCCGUAGACAGUCCCAUUGGGCGUUUGGGCCUUAGUGUUUGCUAUGAUUUGAGAUUUCCAGAUAUUUACCAGUUGUUACGUUUCCAACAUGGAGCGCAGAUAUUGUUGGUGCCUUCAGCAUUCACUAAAUUGACUGGUGAAGCACAUUGGGAAAUUCUUCUUCGUGCUCGUGCAAUCGAGAAUCAAUGCUAUGUCAUAGCUGCUGCACAAGCUGGCGCACACAAUCACAAAAGAGAAAGCUAUGGCGACACAUUAAUUAUCGAUCCAUGGGGAACCGUUGUUGGUCGCUUACCAGAUCGUUCGUCUACGGGAAUUGUGGUAGCUGAUAUUGAUCUGUCAUUAGUUGAUUCAGUAAGAGAGAAGAUGCCUAUUGCUGAGCAAAGGAAGUCAUUUCAGUUCUGGAAAGCUGCAGCUCUGUAG